UCUACUCAAUAAAUCCAUCAUCACCUCCAUAUUUCUUUCACAAUCACACAUAUAUAUCAUCAAGAAUGGGUUCUUUCUCAAUCAUGGCAGCAGUGAUGCUCUCUUGCUUCCUCGUCUUUGUCUCCGCCGUUUCCUCUGCGCCACUCACAGUGGGCUUCUACAGAUAUUCUUGCCCACUUGCCGAAGCCAUUGUCCAAAAACACGUCAACAAGUUCGCCUCGCGCAACCCCGGCCUCGCGGCCGGCCUCAUCCGCCUGCAUUUCCACGACUGCUUCGUCAGGGGAUGCGAUGCAUCGGUGCUGCUGGACGGGCCGACGUCGGAAAAGGAAAGCAUACCAAACAAGGGAAGCCUCCGAGGCUUCGAAGUGAUCGACGCCGCAAAAGCCGAGCUCGAGCUCCGCUGCCCCAAGACCGUCUCCUGCGCCGACGUCCUCGCCUUCGCCGCCCGCGACAGCUCAGCCAAGCUCGGCAACAUACACUACGCCGUCCCCUCCGGCCGCCGCGACGGCAGAGUCUCCUCCGCGAGCGAGCCCCUCCUCAGCCUGCCGCCGCCGUUCUUCAACGCCACCUCCCUGAGAGACAACUUCGCCGCCAAGGGCCUCUCCCUCGACGAGAUGGUGACCCUCUCCGGCGCCCACUCCGUCGGAAUCUCGCACUGCAGCUCCUUCUCCAGCCGCCUCUACCCGGCGGCGGACCCGUCGAUGGACCCGAAAUACGCCGCCUUGUUGAAGGGGAAGUGCCCUAGCCCUAGGCCUGCUUCCGCCGGCAAUGCGGCGGCGGUGGACCCCACCGUGGAUCUCGAUCCGAUCACGCCGGAUUGUUUGGACAACAAGUACUACGUGGGGCUGAAGGCGAAUCGCGGGCUUCUGACGUCGGAUCAGGUGCUGCAGAGCAGCCCCCUGACGGCGGGGCUGGUGGCGGAGAAUGCGAGGAAUAAUGGUGUGUGGGCGAAGAAGUUUGCGGCGGCGAUGGUGAAAAUGGGCGGCAUUGAGGUUCUCACCGGGAAGCAGGGUGAGAUCAGGAAGCAGUGCCGUUUUCUCAACUGAUUAAUUUAUCAUUUGUUUUGGUGCAUGUUUGAAUAUUUUUGGACUUCAAUUCUUUAAUUUUCUUGUAACUUUUGUUCGUACCUACGUUUUCAUGUGUGGUUGCUUCUCAUUAAUUCAUUAAUGUACUCCUCUUGAAUUGCAUGGAAUAAUCAAUUUUGGAUUAUUCACUUUCUUCAAAA